AUGUCGAAAAACACUUGUUUGCUGAUAAUGUUGUUAUUGUCCACCGUUAGUUUUAGUUUGGCUUUAAAGAGAGAAAACAGUACUUGCCAGGUCUCAGACUUGGAGCCAGGGCGCCUACUGUCUUGUUCUGAUGAAAACAAUAUUCCAGUUUCUGUUGUAUCAGAGGUACCUAGCGGAUCCUCAUGCAAAAUGAUAUGUCCUUAUAAGGAAGUGGAGGCCUGGGUCACGUGUGACGACGGACUCUGGAAUGACUACUACAUCCAAUAUUGCAAAGAAUCCAUACCAACAAAGCGUGCACACGUAAUCAAAAAACGGGGUUGGAGAGUGAGAAUUCGAGUCCGGCGUUUUGUAAGAAAAAUUGGAUGCCUUUUUUCCCGGUGUAAACCACGUGAUACUACUGCACCAAGUUUAAUAUGCCCCCCAGAUCAGCAUGUGAAAGCAGAGAAAUUACAAACCUGGAAAAGGGUCUAUUGGGCGGAACCCACUGCAAAUGAUGGUAGAGAUGGGGCCAUAAAGCCAACACGUAAUGGCAAGGGACCAGGAAGCUACUUUUCCGGUAGGAAUAUUAUCGGAUACUAUGCACGUGACAAGAGUGGAAACAUGGCCCGAUGUGUCUUUACUGUGACAGUUACAGUUAAGAGAUGUCCAAAGCACAAUCCUAUUAGUAAUGGAUAUUUCCAGUGUCAUCCUAGUAAUGAUCCGAGAUAUGGUGCAACGUGUAAAUUCGGGUGUUAUCGGGGUUUUUCGCUCAUCGGAAACACACAACUGGAUUGUUUAUAUACUGAGUCAUGGAACUAUCCGACUCCACAUUGUCAAAAAAAAACAUGCCCCACUCUCUCUCCGUCUGUAGGCAAUUUAAACUAUUCCUGUACUGACGGUAACAAAUAUCGCAGCAUCUGUACAUAUUCUUGCGCCAAGGGAUAUGACAUCACUCCUGGUAUGUCACGUGUUCGUGUUUGUACAGCCAAUGGAAAGUGGAGAAGUGAAGAACCUACAUGUAUAGACAUCGAACCUCCAGAAAUUCAGCAAUGUGAACCUAUAGUUUAUGCAUUUGCCGAUAGGAAUUCGACUUACGGUGUUGCUACGUGGAAGGAGCCAAUUGCCAUUGACAAUCACGACAAAAACGUCACGGUUUCGAAAGAAGGGAAUAUCUCUCCAGGUGAUAGGAUACCUGCUGGCAAUUACAAAGUUACUUACAGGGCCAGAGACAAAUCUGGGAACAACGCUUCUGUGUGCACAACCAAUAUCAUAAUGAAAGUUCUAACAUGCCCAACUGUGUAUCCGACGCCUUUUCUGAGUGUAACGUGUCCCCAGGGAUCGAAAUACGGUGGUCAGUGUGAGUUUAACUGUGACCCUGGCUCUAUUCGAAACGGAUCUCAGAUUGCUGUCUGUGAGAUGAGUACAAUUGGUAACUAUGGAUAUUGGACCUGGGGUGAUAGGCAACCAUUUUGUCAAGUUAUACAGAACUGCAAACGCAAACCAAACGAGCCUAAAAAUGGUGCUGUUGCUUGUGACUACUGGCUGGGUGGAAAGUUUUGUCAAAUGCUUUGUAAAAGUGGAUAUGAUGUCAGCCGAGGUUCUCAUUUUUACGACAUGAUUGUUUGUGGCGAUAGUGGCGAGUGGCUUCCAGCAGGCGCGCUUCCACUUCCAGACUGCGCUGAGAAUCGUAAGGCAAAGAGAGGAAUUUUACGAAUGUCUGUAACAUAUUAUUUCAAUGGAGACUGUACAGAUUCUGCUGUCCAAGAAGAAAUCAAAAGAAAAUUCAUCGCAACAUUAAAAUAUUCAAAUUUCAAAGACGCCUGUGAAAUACACGCAACAGAGUGCAGAGUGGAAAAUGUUCAGGUGAAAUGUGGAGCAAACGGACGAAAACGAUCUGCUGAGCUAAGACUGGACUUUGAUGUUGCUGCUUAUUUCGACAGUUCAAAUUUUUCUGUCUCGUUCGCACAACUAAGACGCCAUCAAUCUGACAUAACAGACAAAUUAAAAGACGAUAAAUUGUCCGGUUCUCUUGAUUUCAAUGUCACCUCCAGUGGAAUCAUGGAAGCACAAGAUAUUGGAAAUUAUGAUCUUGUACUUGAUUGUCCAGAGAAAACUGUUCCAUCUUACAAAACUGUAGCGUGUGUUGAAUGUGCAGCCGGUACGUAUUAUGAUGUUACCACAGAAACUUGUCCGAUGUGUCCACGGGGUACAUACCAGAAAUUAAGUGGUCAAGAUCACUGUGUCAAAUGUCCAGCUGGUCAGACGACAGAAGCAAUAGGGGGACAGCUUCUAUCGCACUGUAAACCUGGUUGUGAACCUGGUUCAUGGUCCCCUGAUGGGACCCCAGAAUGUUCCCUGUGUCCGGUCGGGACCUACUCGGAUCAAUAUGGGUCAAUCCAAUGUACGGUGUGCCCAGGAUCAACUACAACAGUAGAGGAAGGCUCAACAGGAUUGUCAAAAUGUCAAGAAUUUGAUCUGCAACUUACGGACAGCAACCAAGUGGUAUCCAUAGAAUUUGAUACAGAGAAGAACACCAAUCGCUUUGUAGUUUCUGUUUGGACAAAAUAUGAACAAUCUGUGAACAACCUUGAUAUCAGCCUCUCUGCAAAAAAUGGAGCAAAAAUUUUGCAAAUUACAAUCGGCACUACUAUAAGAGUUAGCAAUUACAGUCGAAUGAUCGAAACAAGCACACAGAUUAGCACUGACAAGUGGCAUUCUGUAGUACUGGUGGUGGAUGGCGGCAGUACAGAACUGUAUAUAGAUAGCCAAAAAAGUGGAAACACAGGGCUUGAUUUUGAACUGCCAACAAAUAUUGUGCUGGGUUUAAAAGGUAAAGCCAUUGUCUCGCAGUUAAACAUAUGGAAUUACAACCUAACAUCUCUCACUGCCAUUCUUGCUAUGGCAAAAAAAUGUUUCAACAACGGCCACGGCGACAUUUUCCACUGGAAGGCAUUCGAGAAUGUGUCAGAUGAUAACACUUUCAAGCAAAUACCAAGCGAAUGCGAUGAUACUGAUGCCUGUCUAACAAACCCGUGCCAGAAUGGUCAGUGUGUGGACGGAAGGACCGGAUAUAGUUGUGAUUGUUAUUAUGGUUUCCAUGGUGACAACUGUGAAGAGAACGUGGAUGACUGUGUAGACCAUGCAUGUGAGAAUAAUGCCACCUGUAUAGAUGGCGCUGCGGAAUAUACUUGUCAGUGUGGAUAUGGCUAUAAAGGAGAACUGUGUGAAACAGUCAUGGUUGAUGGAUCAUGGGGGAACUGGGGUGAAUGGUCGUCAUGUUCUGUGACUUGUGGAAAUGGAACACAACAGAGGGCGAGAGACUGUGACGACCCAGCUCCUGAUAACGGGGGGCUGGAAUGUCUUGGCAAAAGCAUAGAAAAUAGGAAUUGUAGCCAACAAGAGUGUCCUGAGUGUAACAUGUUAGACAAACUGGACCAUGCGAUCUGGGUAUGUAGUAAUGACAGUGGGGGUAUUAACUGCACAGUUGAUUGUGAAGAUGGAUAUGAAUUCGACCAUGAUAUUAAACCUUUUUACUAUUGUGGAAGAGAAACAUUCUAUCUUUGGGACUUUCAGACCGACGAUAACCCCAAUGGCAAAACGCCUUACUGUUCUGAAAUAAGACCAAGUACCAAAAUGCAGAUCAGCUAUACCGCAUCGUACAAAGAUCUUCAAUGCGAUACGUCAAACUUGUACAGCGAAACUAACGCCAAGGUUCCGGAGACGGUUCAGCGAGACCUUAGCAAAGUGAACUGUAUUGCAACAGGUGUCUGUUUUCUUAACAAUAUAGCAGUAACUGGAUGUAGUCGGAGGACAAAAAGAUCAGCUGCAACUACUAGUGCAGGAUUCCAGGUCUCUUUAACAUGUGACUCAAACGUCCAUGGGUCUGAGGAGUGUUACACAGCCUUGUAUAUGUCAGUUGAUGAUUUGCAGUCUUUGGCUUGGAAUGAUUCGUUCGACACAACAGUUCAGGGAUCAGUGUACAAGAUCGAUCAAGCAAGCACCGAUGCCACUAGCUCUGUCAACUGUCCUACUGGCUCAGUGUCGGUUAAAUUUUAUUGUGUUCCUUGUGGUCCUGGUCGAUAUUUUAACAAAGAUGAAUGUCUCAAGUGUGAUUUUGGGACGUAUCAGGAUCGCUCAGGACAACUCUCGUGUAAAGAAUGCCCAUAUGAUACUACCACCCCUGGCAGAGAGUCAAGAAGCUCCACAGAAUGUUCUGUCAAACUUCAAACUUCAAAAAAUGACACAGUAUAUAUAUCCAUUAGCAUUCUAUCUGCGUUACUUUUAAGUGUUGUCAUAGCAAUGACUGUUCUUUUCGUUAGACGACAGUUCUGUGUUUCUCUGCGAGGAAAAGAAAUGAUUAUUGAAGCACAAAAAGGUUUCCAUCUCAGGCAGACCAAGCCAACAAUAGAACAAAGAGAGAAAAUUGACACUGGGAAACCAACCAAGUCGGAUACUUCACUGUCUGUUUUAGAUUGUCCUAUAGUUGAUGGAGACAUCGAGGUUAUAUACCUGAAACACUGA